CCUAGCUUAUUAUUUGUCUCUGUCUCUCUUUCUCUUACACUCUCUCUGCGCACAUCAUCAAGAUUUGUGGAGGAUUUUCUUUCCCCUAAAAUGGAUCGUUUUGGAGGAGGCAUGUACGGUGCCAGAGGGGCGAUGUUGGGAAGCGGGGGGGUUUCUGAAGGGUACGAGGUUGGAUCAAAGAGACAAAGAAUGAUCGAAUCAAAUCCCUACUUCGCAGUGAGCAGCAGUUCAAGCAUGUUCCAGCCUUAUGGAGUUGGAAUUGGAUUCAGGCCAGUUAUGUUCCCUGCUGUUCGUUUGAGAGGUCUUCCUUUCAACUGCAGUGAAAUUGACGUCUACAAGUUCUUCGCUGGACUCGAUAUCGUCGAUGUAUUGCUAGUCACUAAAGACGAUUCCUUCACAGGAGAGGCUUUCGUUGUCUUUGCAGGACCCAUGCAAUCUGAAAUGGCACUUCAAAGAAAUCGUCAAAACUUGGGGAAAAGAUACAUUGAAGUUUUUGGAUGCAAGAAAUCCGAUUAUUACAAUGCUGUUGCUAAUGAGGUCGGGCAAGAUGGAAGUUAUGACGAUGAUAACCACCCCCAUAACCGUCGCCGCGGUUCAAACCCACCACCGCCACCACCACAGGCCAGACCAAAGCUGACCCAAGACAAGGAAAUUCUACCUUAUACAGAAGUUUUAAGGCUGCGAGGUCUUCCAUUCUCUGUAACGAAAACUGAUAUAAUUGAGUUCUUUGAAGACUUCAAUCUGGGAGAAGAUAAGAUAUAUAUUGGUUGUCGCCCUGAUGGGAGAGCAACUGGAGAUGCUUAUGUGGAGUUUUCUUCUGUUGAUGAGGCUAAGAGUGCGAUGCGGAAGGAUAAGAUGUUGAUUGGAUCGAGGUACGUCGAAUUGUUUCCUUCUGUGCCUGAUGAAGCUAAGAGAGCUGGUUCGGGCUCAAGAUCCAGACGCAGCUGAGUUUAUCUUUAGUGUUGGUUUGUUCUACAGAUAUAUAUUCUUUUCUUUUCACAUUUUAGUGUUAGAAAAGCUUUUAUUUUUGUUUGUAACAAAACUUGAAUGAUGGAUUUUGUUGUCUUGUGCAUUCUGUAACAAGGAUGUUCUACACAUGUUACUAGUUGACUUUGAUAUCCAAUCAUUCGGUUUUUAGUGCAACAUUUUUCUU